UUCUCAACUUGGUUUCCUCAUCUCUCUACACGAUCAACCCAAUGCCGCCGAAGAGGCCCCAUCCUAAUCCCUUUGGCGAGGAUGACGCCGGCAGCAAUGGCGAUGCUACCGCCGCGACUCCAUCACCCAAGCGACCUCGUAUCAUUCCUGCGACGCUUGAGGCUGGCAGCAGCGGCGCAGCACCACCAGCAUCUUCCGGAUCAUCGACCGCGCCAUCCAGCGUCCAAGCUCAGAUCGCAGCGGCCAAGGCAAAGAUUAUGGCAAAGAUGGCGAGUCAAGGGCAGCAAGCCUCUGUGCAGCCAGCUCGACCUCCGGCUCCCACUUCAGCAUCACUCCCGCCCAGGCCAUCUGCCUCGAUGGCAGGCGCAGCUCCUGUCCCUCCUCGCACUGGAGGCGCGUCCGCCAAGCCAGACUUCGAGGCCAUGAAGAGGAGGGUCGCAGAGGCAAAGAGGGCAGCAGAGGAGAAGGCCGCAGCUGAAGCCAGGCAGCGACAGCAGUCGUCUACCUCCGCAGCAACGAGAGCAGCGCCCACACCCGCAGCACGCAGCGAGGGUCGACAGGGACAAGGUCUCCAUCCGCUCCUCGCUCAGCAGUCAAUUCCAGCUGCAGGCACCUCCUCUCCAGUCCCGUCGUACGCCAGGGGCGCAAAAGCAAGCGCAACUCCAGAACCAAUCAAGGUCAACCCCUACCUCUCCACCGAGGACGAUGCCUCAGCUGGCCCCUCGUCGACGGGCGCAGCAAAGCGCAGCAUGCAUCGGCCCCUUCAAUUCAAUCGCGCUGGCCGCCAUGUCGCAGCCGCAGAGGAGGCUCGCCGAGAAGCCCAGCUCGAAGCCCUACAGAAACGCAUCGCCGAGCGAGGUCGCCUGGCUGGGCUUUCCGACAAGCUGACAGGCAAGGAGAGAGCCAUCAAGCGGCAGCCGCCACCUGAUGUUGAGUGGUGGGACGCGGCGCUAUUGCCAGAGGAGAGCUACGAGUGCGUGCCGGCGUACCCGCCCACGCAAGAGAUACUCGCUCGAGCAGCACAAGCCGCACCUGCAGCGGAGAGCUCCUCUCCCUCCUCCUCCUCUUCUUCCCUCCUACCCCUGAUCAUCUCCGCGGGCACACCCAUCGACUCCUACGUCCAACACCCGAUCCCUAUCCCCGCUCCCAGCUCAACUGCUCCGCCUCCCCCCUCCCGCGGUAUCAUGCUCACCAAGCGCGAAAUGAAAAAGAUGCGCAGGCAACGUCGUGCAGCCGAACAGCAAGACAAGCAAGAUCGCAUCAAAAUGGGCCUCCAAGCCCCUGAUGCGCCCAAGGUCAAGCUGUCCAAUCUCAUGCGCGUCCUCACCUCUGAGGCAGUAGCCGAUCCAACAAAGGUCGAGGCCAGGGUGAGGAGAGAAGUGGCCGCAAGGAGAGUACAGCAUGAGCGCACCAAUGCCGAGAGGGCCUUGACGGGGGAUCAGAGAUGGGAGAAGGAGCAAUCCCGAAAGGAGAGGGUGGAGGAACAAAGGGGUACCUGGCUUGCAGCAUGGGCCGUCCCGCUACUCGCGCAUCCCUACCACUUGGCGACUAUCAAGCGUAGCGCAAAAGAGCAGGGUCUAGGCGGGAGAUGCGUGAGGGUGAGACCGGGCAAAGGAGGGAUAAUCGAACGCGAGGGAGAGGAUCAUCGGGGUGGAGAGAGCACAAAGGAGGAGCAAGGCUUUUCCCUCGUCGUGGUGGAAGGGUCAUUCGACGGCAUCAAGAAGUUCAAGAAGACUAUGGCUAAGCUCUCAGAACGCGAUCCGCGGGAUAAAGUCGGUGGCUCUUCCUCCAGAGACGAUGAUGAAGCCGGACCCUCCGCCUUCUCCUCUUCAAAUCGACCCUUCCUAGGCGCAAUGGGUGACGCACCACCUCCUGGCCCUACAAACGCGCUCGACGACCUCGGGCUGCACGACUGGGAGGAGGUAACCUGGUCGCGCAACACCUUCCAGCUUGUGCAUGAGGGGCGAGUAAAGGAGCGACUACUCCCCCCCGCACGAGCGGGCGCUGCUGAUGGGAGUGGCGGGAGUGGGGACAGUGCAGGAUAUGCGUUGCGCAUUGUUCCUGGGUGGAUGGAAGGGAGCAAUGAAGCCAAGGAACAGUUGCCUGAGCAGUGGAGGGGCUUGUGGGAUGUGGCGGGUAGGUGGGUUGAGGCUGAGGGGGACUAAAAUGCGAGAGCAGGAGAGCGGGCGUAUAAGACAGCAUGCUGCGGUGUGGUGUGGUGCUCUCCAAGGUAAAGGGGCGAUCGAUACGCACAGUCUCAAUACUAGAGGCAAUGCUUCAUAUUCAUGAUGACCGAGAAAUACUGUUCUUUCAAUCGUGGAGUACCGAUAAGGGACGGGAAAGGGACGGGGAGAUGCUGAGGACGAGGUGAGACCGAGAAAGCGGGAGAGAUGGGGAAGCCCAGC